UCCCCCCCACCCCCGUUGCUUCUUUACUUGUUGUUUACUUGGCUGUUAAAACUGGCUCAAAGUUUCUAUUCUUGCAGUGCUCUUUGGCUGUAACAAAAUUGCAAAUAUUGCGCAAAAGUGUUCUCUCUACAGCUGUUCUUGUAAAAACUCCUGCAGCAACUGAUUUCCCCCUCAGCUGCCCCUCUCUGCAGUGGAUCAACUCUUAUUUGUUUAAACUAUGUAUUCUUCACUUCCGCUCCAUGUGAUGUCUUGGGCUAAACAUCUUAAUCACCCCAGGCCAGCCUUUGCUGUCCAGUGUCAGUAGCAGUUCCUUCAACAUGAGCAUCAAUUCAAUUUUCCUAGCUUUUGCAGUGAUCCCUCUGGGAUUCUGCUGGCCAGCAGCUUUCCAAGAGAAAUUUCUCGAGGCGUUGGAUCCAGAAGACAUUUUCUCUUAUUUUGGCACCAGUGCAGUCCUUGAUGUACCGGAAUUUGUUAUUGUUCAGCCAGCUUGUCCCUGUGAAGAGGACCAAGUUGAACCAAAAUCUUGUAAAGUUCAACGCUGCUCUCUCAGGGCCUGGGGAGAACUCUACGCCUUUGAAUUCCUAGAGGACCACGUCUUUCUUUCCUCUUCCUUCGUGAGCGAUCGAAAGCUGAACUCCUCCGUUAGUUUGCUAAAGCAAUUCCCAGGCGCCUGCUUUGCCAGUGGACAAGUAAUGUGCCCUCCAGGGGCUGAAUGUAGAGUCACAUACUGCGAAGGGCAGCUGCAAGGGGCCAUCAUCGUGAACGAGGAAAAGAUUCACAUCAGGCCUGUGAGAAGCAAACACCUGAAUGUGUUGGAAGACCCCAGCCUCCCCAGACCCCACAUCAUCUUCAGAGCGGCAGGGAGAGGGACAAGGAUGAUAGGAGAAAGAAAGUCUUCUCCUCGUCUCUGGAAAAGAGCAGAGGGGAGCAUCAUGCACCUGGAGCUGCUGGUGGUAGUGGGCCCUGAUGUUUAUCAGUUCCACAAAGAGGACACCGAGAGGUACAUCCUUACCAACCUGAACAUCGGUGCCGAGCUGCUGAGAGAUGCCUCGCUGGGAGCUCAGCUCAGGGUUCACCUGAUGAGAAUGAUGGUCCUGACAGAACCAGAGGUGGGUAUGAACAUCACCACAAACAUCACCUCCUCGCUGGUCAGUAUCUGCGAGUGGAGCAAGAAGGUCAACCCUCAGAAUGACUCAGAUCCCCUGCACGCUGACCUUGUCCUGUAUGUGACCAGGUUUGACCUGGAGUUACCCGAUGGAAACAAGCAGCUGCGCGGAGUCACCCAGCUGGGGGGAGCCUGCUCCUCCUCCUGGAGCUGCAUUAUCACCGAGGACACUGGCUUCGACUUGGGAGUCACCAUAGCCCAUGAGAUCGGGCACAGUUUUGGACUCCAACACGAUGGCGAAGGAAACCGGUGCAAUGGGAGGGGCAACGUCAUGGGCCCCGAAGGCAGCCGCAACAGCGUGGACCUGGUCUGGUCGGAGUGCAGCAGAGAGCAGUUCCUUGCCUUUCUCAGGACAGGCCAAGCAAGCUGCUUGAAUGAUCUGCCAGACCUGGAAGGCAGCAUCCCCGGGUGGAAGCCUGGCUUAUAUUAUGGCGCAGACGAGCAGUGUAAAAUAGCCUUUGGGAGCGCAGCCAUGGCCUGCACCUUUGCCAGGAAUGACAUUGACAUGUGCAGAGUUCUCUCUUGCCACACCCAUCGGGCUGACCAGACCAGCUGCACCCGCCUUCUUGUUCCCCUUCUGGAUGGGACGGAGUGUGGGAUCAAUAAGUGGUGCUCCAAGGGACGCUGCAGCUCCCUGGAAGAGCUGAACCCUGGGGCAGUGGUGCAUGGGCAGUGGUCCAGCUGGAGCCCCCUCACUGCUUGUUCCCGCAGCUGUGGAGGAGGAGUUGUAACGAGAAGACGACUCUGUAAUAACCCCAGGCCGGCUUUCGGGGGUCAGGAGUGCAGGGGAGCAGGCGUUCAGGCUGAGAUGUGCAAUACGCAGGCCUGUUUGACUUCCCAGUUGGCGUUCAUGGCUGAACAGUGCGCAGCGACAAAUGUAAAGCCGCUGUAUCUCAUUCCAAAAGUCCCGUCUUUUUAUAAGUGGACGUUGGCUGCUGGUUAUGCCAAAGGGGAUACCCUGUGCAAACACAUGUGCAAGGCAGAGGAGAAGAAUUUCAUGGUGAGCCGUGGAGUCAGUUUCACAGAUGGAACCAGGUGUGAGCAGAGCAACUACAGAGCUGAAGCGGCUUUCAAUCUGUGCGUGAUGGGCAGCUGCAGGGUGUUCGGCUGUGACGGCAGGAUGGACUCUGGGAUGGUGAUGGACUCCUGCAAGGUGUGCGGGGGAGACAACGCCACAUGCACCAGAGUGAGCGGCUCUUACACAGAAGGAAAAGCCAAAGAGUAUGUUACGUUUCUAGCCCUGCCUCGCAAUACCACCCUCGUCUACGUUACUAAUCGCAAACCGCUCUUCACACAUUUGGCUGUGAAGGUCCAAGGUCGGUAUGUGGUGGCCGGGAAGGAGAGAAUCUCCUUGAACACCACCUAUCCGUCGGUAAUAGAGGACAACCAGAUCAAAUACAGGGUGUUUCUCACUGAGGACAACCUGCCAAGCCUGGAGGAAGUCCAUGUCGAUGGGCCAACCCAAGAGGACAUUGAGAUACAGGUUUAUAGGAAGUAUAGGAAAGAAUAUGGAGAUGUCACCAACCCAGACAUCACUUUCAGCUACUUUAUACCAAAGGAGAAACAGACACAUGUGUGGAUUCCUCAGUUCGGGACCUGCUCGGUGAGCUGUGGGGAAGGGGUGCUACAGGUCGAUCACUCCUGCUUUGACCAGACCAGGAAUGAAAUAACAGAUGAUCAGCUGUGCUUGGAGACUCCACAGCCCCCUUCCAGGCAGGAGCCCUGUGCCAUGGCACCAUGCCCACAAGGCUGGGUGGUGGGGGACUUCGGCCCCUGCAGUGCCACAUGUGGGGGUGGAGUGAUGGAGCGUCUGGUUCGCUGUGUGAAGAAAGAAGGGGGCUUGAUCCUGACUCUUCCUGAUUCCAAAUGCACGGAUUCUCCCAAACCUGCCUCCACCAAGGCAUGCAGCACUGAGCCAUGUCCCAUAAGAUGGAAGGAAUCUGAGCCGGGCAAAUGCUCUGCCAUCUGUGGGGUUGGAGUCACCCAGCAGAACGUGACCUGUGUCCAGAUUCUUGAUGGACUGGAGACCACAGUAGACGACAGCCUGUGCCCGGCGGAAGAGAAACCUCUCGCUUUUGUGCCAUGUGUGGUUAACAUAUGUCCUCUGGGCUGGAACACAGACAGUUCGCCCUCUCGGGAAGAGCUGGUGCCAUUUGGGAGUAUCCAGAAGGGAAAUCGCUCGGUGCAUGUCUGGAGCCCUCUCGUUGGCGAAUGCACUGUGACCUGUGGCGGAGGUGUGGCCCAGCUUCGUUAUGUGUGUGUGGCUUUCGAGACCAAGGAAGAAACCCAAGAGAAACAUUGCAACCAAGUGCCAAAGCCAGCGAGCAGGCUGGAAAGCUGCAAUCCCAGGCUGUGCCCUCCAAGUUGGGAGGUGAAGGAGCUGGCUGCAUGCCCAGUGAGCUGUGGAGGAGGGAGAAUACCACUGUCUCUUCGCUGUGUACGACAAGAAGGAAAUACAACCCGUCCUCUUCCUCAUUCCAAAUGUGGUAGGAUGCCCCGGCCAGACAGCACCAAGGAGUGCGGCACUGAUCCGUGCCCAGCAAGGUGGCAUUACAAAAUGGACUCGUGCAGCGUAAGCUGUGGAGGAGGUGUGCUGCGCAGGGUGCUGUACUGUGCGAGGGAGGCUGGGGACAAGGUAGAAGAGAUUGUAGCGGAUGCACAGUGUCAUGGUUUGCCUCGCCCAGACGAGCAGGAGCUGUGUAAUCUGGAGCCGUGCCCUCCAAGAUGGAAAGUAACAGCGACUGGUUCGUGUUCCUCUUCUUGUGGGCUCGGCGUAGCCCCGCAAUUGAUCACCUGUGUCCAGCUCCACCAAGGCCUAGAGACCAAGCUGGAAGAGAGUUUGUGUCCGGAGGCAGAGAAACCUCUCUCCAGCAUCCCCUGUAUCAUCAGAAUGUGCUCCUACGAAUGGGGUUUCAGCGAAUGGACAGAGUGCUCAGCGUCGUGUGGGAACGGCAUUCAGAUGCGGCAGGAUUUCUGCCUCAAUCCGAAAACCCACGAGCACGUGAACCCCGUCUUCUGCAUGCGCUCCCCCAAGCCCAUCACGGUGCGUGGCUGCUCUGCUGACCCCUGUCCUGAACAGCCUGCGGUGGAUGGGUCCUCAGGAUCAGAACACCAGAUACCAACCUCAGCUAUGAACACGACAACGACAGCAGCCACCAUUUAUCCUGAGAGGCCAGAAUACAAAGCCCUGGAUCGUCUUCCAACCAGGGUGCUGGCUCCUGCACCCAAACGCCCUGAGGAGCUUUCAGCGGGGGAGGAGGACACUGAUGAAGCGUACAGUGUCUGUGGGAGGCUCUUCCUCAACUCCACCGGGGUCAUCAACAUGACCGGCCUGCAGGUCAGUGACUGCACGGUUUCCAUCGGACGCCCCUUGGGGGAAGUGGUAACGGUCCAGGUGCUGGAGAGCUCGCUAAACUGCAGUGCAGGGGAGAUCGUGCUGUUUUCUGAACGGAUGAUGUGGCGGACAGGCUGUAAGAAGCUGACAGUGUCAUCCAUAAACUCCAGGACCAACACAUUGAUGGUGAGGCAGCGCCUCCUGCUGCCAGGGAAUGGUGUUGUUCUUCAGUACAACAGCAAAACAGCCGCAAAAAAAUAUUACCAAGACUGUGAUGUGCAGCUGUUUGGUCCCUGGGGUGAAAUAGUGAAUCCCGGACAGUUGCCGGACCCAAAACGACAAGUGGCAUGUCGGACCUUUAUCAACGUGGCUCCACGGUAUCGCAUAGCCAUCCAUGCCCUCUACAUGGACCUGGGGACUCAAAACAACCAAACACACUCCAAUUACAUCUCGAUACGUGAUGUGAAUGCCAUGAAGACAACAGUGUUUCGUGGGAAACAGCUGUUCUUCUGGGAAUCGACGGGGAGCCAGGUUGAAAUUGAAUUUAAUGAAGGCAUUACAGAGGAUCGUGUCAGUUUCCGAGCAGAGUACUGGGUCAGAAAGCCCAGAUAAAUGGAAACAAGGGACUCCUCAGCCAGGGAAGCAGUGGAUCAAUUAGAGUCAGGACUCCCAGCUCUGCCACUGAUUCAUCGUUUGACCUUGGGCAAGUCAUUUAACCUCUCCGCCUCAGUUCUGGAACAGCCCUGUCUACUUCACAGGGCUGUUCAGUUAAUAUUUGUAAAGCACGUGGAGAUGCUCAAGUGAAAGGCAUUAUAUAGACGUCAAAUAUUACGAUUCUCUUAAAAAUUUUUUCCUGUCUCUCCCAACUAGUACUGAGACGACUUGCCGGUCUGAAAGGAAUGACUGAGAGACUGAGGUGCAAGUGAUGACUGUGAUCUAAUGUCACCUUGUUAGCAGGGUCUCGUCUGCUCACAGUGCCUAGGCCUCCACCGAUGAAGAUGUAGAUUAGAACAGUUAGUGAAAGUCAGCAGCUUAACCCUGUAGCAUUUUUCCUUUUGGCCAAUGAUACGAAUGUGUGUCGCGGAUGGAUAAACCAUUCAGAAUUGAUGGACCUGAUGCUCCUUUACACUCUGGCAGUGUACAAGGACCGUAACAUUUAUACCCACUUUACUGUCAGGAUGGUGGAAAAGGGGCCUUAUGCAUAAAUAAGAAUUGGGCACUACAUGUCCACCAGCAAUAAUAGUAUUUCCCAAUAUUUAGGUAGAGAACUCGUCCUGCUAAUAACGAACUCGGUGCCACAAUAUACUCUAGUCGACUGUGCGUUGUGUGCAGAAAUACUUCCUUUUGUUUGCUUUAAACCUGCUGCCUGUUCAUUUUGUUUUGUGACCCCUAGUUCUUGUGU